AUGAGACAUGCAGCAUCAACGGUCCUCGCUCUCCUCUUCCCCGCCUUGAUCCUUCUCCAUCUCCUCGCCGCCCCAUACACCAAGGUCGAGGAGUCCUUCCAUAUCCAAGCGGUGCGAGAUAUCUUGGCCCAUGGUCUGCCUCGCAGCCUCGAGCUACAGCGCGCCAGUUAUGACCAUUUCGCCUUUCCUGGGGCCGUGCCCCGGACGGCCAUUGGUGCCGCUGUCCUCGCCAAGCUGUCGCAGCCGGUGGCAUGGUUGAACGAAGGGAUCAAUGGGCAGAUCUUAGUAUUAGCUCGCGCAAUCCUGGGCCUUUUCAAUGCCUUCGCCUUGGCCGUCUACGCCCACGGCCUCCGGCGCAGCUUCGGCCAGCCGGUGGCAGUCUGGUAUAUUCUCCUACAGGGUAGCCAGUUCCACCUCCUGUACUACGCGUCGCGACCUCUGUCGAACAUGUUCGCCUUUGGGCUGACGACACUCUCCAUGCGGUAUCUUCUGCCAGAACCUAUUCCUAGCGCACGAGACCGCAGCCGUGCCCGUCGCGCGCUGUUCCUGCUCACUGUCGCCGGAGUGAUCUUCCGCUCUGAGCUGGCGCUGCUCGUGGCAACGCAGACGAUCUUCCUGCUGGCGACACGCCGCAUCCGGCUCUCCCCGGAUGCCGUGUCUGCAGGCCUGCUUGGCCUCGGAACCGCCGUGCUAGCUACCGUCGUGAUCGACUCCCAGUUCUGGCAGCGGUUCCCGCUUUGGCCCGAGUUGGAGGCGUUCCGCUUUAAUGUCGUUUCUGGCCAGUCCUCAGCCUGGGGCACCGAGCCGUGGUUCUUUUAUUUUGUGAAUGCGCUGCCGCGCCUUCUCCUCAACCCACUGAUUUACCUCCUCGCCAUUCCCGUUGCACUCCGGCAGCCUGCUACCCGGCAGCCUGUGGCGUCGCUGCUUGUGCCGUCUCUGUCCUUCGUCGCGCUGUACAGCUUCCAGCCUCACAAGGAAUGGCGGUUUAUCGUCUAUGGUGUGCCGCCCCUCACUGCCGCCGCUGCCCUGGGUGCCGCGUACCUGUGGACUCGCCGUGCACGUUCCCUCUUCGCCCGCUCUGCAUCUCACCUCCUGGCAAUAUCUACUCUCGCCGCGUUCCUGCUCUCGAAUUUGGUUCUUCUUCCAGCCUCCGCGGCGAACUAUCCAGGCGCACAGGCCCUAUUUGCCCUGCAAAACCAUCACUUCCACUCCCCUUCCCCAAACAUCCUUCCUCCAUCCACCAACGUCUCCGUUUACCUCGGCAACCUCGCUUGUCAAACAGGCAUCACCCGUUUUCUGCAAGACCAAGCACCGGGAUGGACGUACGACAAAACCGAGGACGAGCAUGUCAAGUCUUCACCCGCUUUCUGGGACCGCUUCGACUAUGUUCUCGUCGAGGCUGCCUUGGAUCCUAAUUACCGGGAUAACGACGAAGUUCGUCUGCGACACGCACUCCCAGGCUCGGAGUGGGAGACCGUGCUCGUAGUCGAUGGUUUUGCCGGCCUGUCCGUUCUGAGGCCCGGCUCGCCUGCGACUGGGGUUGUCGAGCGUAAAGUCUUACAGAUGCUAGGUGGUGGACGUGCAGUGGAGACGUUUGACGCAGUGCGAGAAUAUGUGCGCGAGGUUUUGCUGCGUGGGUGGUGGGUUGAGGUGCGGAUGAGGCCGAAGAUUAAGGUGCUGCGGCGAGUGAAGGGGAUAUGA